AGUGGGGACUUCUCAAACAAACAGAAAAACAAAAACAAAACCAGCCUAAACAACACUAGUGUUCUUCUUCAAUCUUCUUCUUCCUCGCCCUUCAUUUUUCUUCGUACCCAUCACUGCAGCCCCAAGUUUUAACGUAUUUCACACCUGAAAACUGAAAUUCAUUCCCAAGUUUCUCCCCAGCGAGAAUCGUCCUCACUAACCCCAUUGAACCCAGCUUUCGUAGAUUUGGGAAAUAUCAAAAAGGUGACUACCAACAUUUGGACCAAUUCCUUUUCCUGUGAUUGGAGGUUCAGCACACCCUAUUCUGAAAUCCCGCUCCUGUUUUCCCUUCUAUGACAAACUCCCAAUUAAAAAGCCAAAUUUUAGACUAAGAGAUUGUCCAUGUCCAGAGCCGCAUAAGUUCUCAUUGCCAGCUUAACUCAGGCCAAACCAAAAAUAGUGCUGCUUACCAGCUGCAUGAGCUUCCAUGGAGAAUUCCUCAAACAUCAAAAACGUCUUCUGCAACUACUGCAUGCAUGCUCAAGGGUACGAUCCCUCAGGGCAACAAAAGCACUCCAUGCUCUCAACAUCACAAUGGGUCUGUCUCCAAAGCAGCCCAUCUUUGCUUACAACAAUAUCAUGUCACAAUAUUCCUCACUCGGGAAGUUAUUAGUUGCACGUAAAUUGUUUGAUAGGAUGCCUCUUAGAAAUGUUGUGUCAUAUAAUAUCAUGAUUAGUGCUUAUAAUACGUCUGGGUAUGUUGGGGAAGCUUGGAAAAUGUUUUAUGAGAUGAGGGUUUCUGGGUUUGAGCUAACUCAGUAUGCAGUUAGCAGGUUAUUGUCAUGCGGGUCAUUGGAUAUUUAUCAUGGGGUCCUGUUGCAUUCUUUGGUAAUAAAGAACGGACUGUUUGAUGGUGAUGCUUUUGUGGGGACUUCCUUGUUGGUUUUUUAUGGAAGGCAUGGGCUGUUAGAGGAAGCGGUUUGGACAUUUCAGGAUAUGCCUUGUAGGAGCUUGGUGACAUGGAAUUCCAUGAUAUCUUUGCUUGGGAAUCAUGGGUUUUUUGAAAAUUGUGUGUUUUUGUUUCGGGAGCUGGUGAGGAGGGAUGUUGAUUUGUCUGAAGGUUCUUUUAUGGGUGUUUUUUCUGCAUUUUCAUGCCCACAAGACUUGGAAUUUGGGGAACAGCUGCAUGCUUUUGUUAUAAAGAAUGGGUUUACUUGUGAAAUUUUGGUGAUGAAUUCUCUAAUAAGUAUGUAUGUGAAAUGCAGUGCCAUAUGCUCGGCAGAGAAAUUUUUUAAAGAAGUACAAUUUAAAGAUGUUGUAUCAUGGAAUACUAUCAUUGGUGCAAUAGCAAAAAUUGGGGGACCCCAAAAAGCAGUAGAACUCUUCUCUCAAAUGUCCAUGGAUGGAGUGUUGCCUACCGAGAUCACAUUUGUUAGUCUAAUAAACUGUUGUACCAGUUUGGAGGUUCCAAUCUCUGGAGAGUCUGUUCAUGCUAAGAUAAUCCAGCAUGCUUACGAAUCUAAUGUCUUAGUAGGUAGUGCAUUGGUUGAUUUUUAUGCUAAAUGUGAUAACUUGAAAGCUGCCCAUCGCUGUUUUUAUGAGAUAUGUGAGAAAAAUGUGGUCUCUUGGAAUGCUUUGAUUUUGGGUUACUCGAAUAGUUCCUCACCUACAUGUAUACUCUUACUGCAAGAAAUGCUUCAUUUGGGUUACCGACCUAACGAGUUUUCAUUUUCUGCUGUUCUUAAGUCAUCAUUGGCAUUAGAGCUCCAACAACUUCAUUGCUUAGUUGUAAGAAUGGGCUUUGAGCAAAAUUAUUAUGUUCUGAGCUCUCUUAUAAUGUCGUAUACCAAAAGUGGUUUAAUAUCUGAUGCCCUGGUCUUUGUCACAGCUUCCGAUGGUCUGCUUCCUGAUGUUCCCUCUAAUGCCAUUGCUGGAAUUUACAACAGAACUGGGCAAUAUAAUGAAACUCUAAGAUUCCUUUGUCCACUUGAAGAACUUGAUAUUGUUUCCUGGAACAUUGUGAUUUCAGCUCUUGGCCGCAUCGGUUAUUACAAAGAGGUAUUUGAGCUUUUACAACAGAUGCAGUUCAAUCAGGUCUGGCCAGACAAUUAUACAUUUGUUAGCCUUCUAAGUGUCUGUGCUAAAACUUGUAAUCUUGCUUUGGGAAGUUCUCUUCAUGCUUAUAUCAUUAAGACUGAUUUCAGUUCCUGUGACACAUUUGCAUGCAACGUUUUACUUGACAUGUAUGGGAAAUGUGGUAGCAUUGGAAACUCAGUGAAAAUCUUUGACGAAAUGAGAUGCAAAAACUUAAUUACCUGGACAGCUUUGAUUUCUGCUCUUGGAGUUAAUGGUUAUGUUCACAAGGCAUUAGAAAGAUUUAGAGAAAUGAUCUUCUUGGGCUUUCAGCCUGAUGGAGUAGCUUUUACUGCUGUUCUUACAGCUUGCAGGCAUGGUGGGUUAGUUAGGGAUGGAUUGGAGUUAUUUGGGCAAAUGAUAAAUAAUUAUGGGGUUGAACCAAAAAUGGAUCAUUACCAGUGUGUGGUGGACUUACUGGUUAAAGGUGGUCAUGUUACAGAAGCAGAGAAACUAAUUUCCAGCAUGGCCUUCCCACCAAAUAUGAUUAUAUGGCGUUGUUUCCUUGAAGGCUGCAAGAGUCAUGGAAAUGCAGUGGACGUGGACCAAGCAGUAGCACAUGCUUAAUUGUGAAUCAGCCAACAAAUUCCUUUGGACAACUAAGUAUUCUGACAGAGUUUUUGAGCCCUCCUUACAAGCUCUACCUCUGAGAGAACUUUUAUGCUGAUUGUGCUCACUUAGAAAUUGCAACGAGUAAAAGACAUUUCUUAUUUCUUAAAGCAGAGCAUUCUUUAUGUGUUAUAUUUUCAUGUUGACGACGUGCGUGCUAAUACACCUCCAUUGAUGGAAAGGUUGCAUAUCUACAGCAUCCAGAAAGGAGGAAUCCUAAUCCCCAUUAAAACUAUAACAAUAUAAGCUUUGGGAGCAAAGAGAAGAUCACGCCUGCGGUGCAGGCUGCAAAUGGAAGUUGCACAGGAGUUUAUUGAGUUUAUUGUGGAACUGAAGAGUAUUUGCGGAGUUUGAAACUUUAGUAUGUUGCACCCUAACCCCAAAUUCUUUCUCAACUGAAUGACAAUUUUUUUGUGCGUAACUCUUACAGUGCACCACUCACAAGGGGUUCCUUCUUUUAGCGUUCUCAGGCACUUGUUUUCCGUCACAAAUAAGUCUACGGGAUCUCGAAUUGUUGAGUGUAACACCAGAUAGUUUCUCUAUCUACACCAGAGAAUGUUCUCUCUCCGCAAUUUGCUGCUUUCCUUCCUUCUCUGUAUACUCAUUUUCGCCUAAGAGAAGUAUGGUGGUGAAGUGCAUUUCCAAUAUUCACAAAUAUAGCUUCAGCAUUAGAGGAUCUCUUCAGUUCCAGCUUCUGGAGCAACACUUAUCAGGGCAGGCUGUGUAGCUGGGUUGGCAUUUUUUUUUGGCUACAAAUAUCUUGAAAGGCAGAAGAUGCCCAUCUUACCCUUGAUGAGAAGUCUAGACGUCCACGCAAUGAUUUAUCCUGACAAGCGAAACAGGAAUCUAUGUGAAAAUGCAAUAUUGAAAAGGAAAAUGAAGUUGAGAUUUGGCUGACAGAUCAUUGGGGAAGAUGAUGACACAAUUCAGCUCCUAAAUCCAAAAGUUGUGUUUUGAAUCUGCAUCUAUACACCACAUCCAAACACAUUCUGAUUCCCAUAACAACGGCUACAACUUGUUUAAGCUUACAUAGUCAAAUUAAAAAUCAGUACAUUAUGCUGGGGAACCUUGUAAAGUCAUUGACAUGACAGUGCUCUCUUCAGACCAGCAACAUGACAGUGCUCUCUUCCAGAACAACAUCAAAUUGACUCUGAUCCCUUUUCUUCAGAUUAUAACGGGAGCCUGGAUGGUUGUUCAGAUCUUGAUAGCUCUGAUGAUGAAGAAAUCAUCAAUCAUACAUCUGACUAUCUGAGGAGCAGAAAAACUUAUGUCCUUGGUAAAAAUGCGGUACACAGAAUCGGAGGCUUCAACUGCAAUAAAAUGAUGCGGUAUUGCCUUGACAGUUGUUGAAUUACUAAUUUCAUAUUGGAUGCUCAGAUUCCAGAGGCAGAAGUUGUUCAUCUCCUCAUUGAUGAGAAGCCUCAUCUACGCAAUGAUUUAUCAUGACAAGAAGACUAGGAAACUUUGUGAAAUUGCUAUAUUGAAAUGGAAAAGGAAGUUGGGACUCGGAACCAGAUCACAGGGGAAGACGAUUACACAAUUCAGCGCCCAAAUACAAUGAUUGGGUUUGGGACUCAAACUUAUCUUUGCCAUAUCCAUGCGAGUCUUUAAGAGGCAGUGACAUGACCAUAUUUUGUACUAUGAGAAUGCGGCGUUGACUCCUAGAGGGGAGUGGAGCACCAUAUCCUGUUUUUCAUAUGAAGUGCAGCCUGAGUUUUUUUAUUCGAAGUAUUGAUGUGUGGCAGCAAGAAAAAGGGGUUAUGUUCGCAAUCUCCAGAUCGGAAUUGAUUUCGAUUUAUUCCUCUUCCAUCACAGAAUAUAUGGAUGCAUUUCCCAUGUCUACGUGGAGUGUUAUAUCAGUUCCUUUGGUGGAUCUGGUCUCGUGGUUGGGUGGGCUUGAGGGGAACCCCAUUGCAGUUAGCAGAGCUUCAAAGAUGAUGAUGGUGUGUCCAUGUUUGUUUAGAUUGGACUCCUUUCGAUGCUUCCACUGGUGGAUAUGGGCUUUAUAUAUACCACAGUUGAGAGUCUAAGGUUGUCCACAGUCAUAAUCUUUAGCACCUCCAGUUCAGUUUAGCAUCUCCACUCUAAAUGCUACGCAACAGUGGCAAGAGUUGUUGAGAGGUAGCUUUUGCGGUGAUGCUCUGUUGUUGAACUUCAUUGCUACUACCUGUCUUGGAAUCAAAUUGAGGAAUUUGAGGAAAAGCAGGGAGCAUAGGGAUGUGUCCAUACAAUUGUUGUAUAACAAAUGGCUUUGGAGUUGGAUUUUCCAAAAGUGACCAACUACCUUUGAGUGCAGCACAAUUUUACUUUUAAUUGACUAAUUACACUAGAAGAUAUUUGUAGCCGUGGUAAUAGAAAUCAGAUUAUGCUUGGAUGUAUUGGGCUGAUUAACAUCCUUUUUCUUUAUUCUUUUUUUGUUUUCUCUUAAGGUAUUGAAUUUUUCUAAAUAAAUGCAGCCUCCUGCUUAUAUGUCUCUCAGUGGUAUUCAAAUUUAAUUUUUCUUUUUGUUAGCUCAAUUGAUGUCAUAGGUUGUAAUUAGGGCUGCCACUUGGUUUGUUAAUUACCAAACCGACCGAAUACCAACCGAUACUUUAGGUUUGGUAAACUGACUUUUUGGUAACCAAAACCGAUAAAACCGAAAUCGAAAAUUACCGAAAAAGUUGGUUUGGUUUUGGUAAAUACCGAAUCUACCGAUUAUCUAAAUAUUAGCUUUAUAUACUAUGGUUUUCAAUACACAUACAUGUAUAUUAAGAAAUAAACAUAAAAGUUUUCAUAAUAGUAUGAACAUUACUCAAUAUACUACAUAAUUAAUAGUACAUGUAUUUUGAGUAACCUAGUCCAAGAUGGUUAAAUAACCUAGUUUUAUUGAAAAUAGAUAAAAUUUGAUGUCAUAUAUACAAAAGAAAGCUAUGAUUAGUAGAUGAAUACGAAGUUUACGGUUAUAAAAUUGAAAAACCUAAUUUUGUUCAUUCUAAUUUAUAUUACAAAGAAUUAGUUGUUCUAAAGUUGGUAAUACCGAAAACCAAAAUACUGAAUUUGGUAGAUAUGAUUAAAAACAAAAAAUUUUGGUUGGUAAUUGGUAGCUCAAUUUUGAAACUGAAAGCUUUGGUUUUGAAGUUGGUAAUACCUAUAACCGAUUCGGACCGACCGAGUGACAGCCCUAGUUGUAAUAUAUAUUAAAUUUUAGGCACAGACAGAGAUAUAAGGGGGCAACAUGUGCUACAGCCAGGUUUUUUAUUUUUUUUUGUUUUUUUUUGUUUUUUUACCAAGUAGUCCUAAACUCCUAAUAUACCAACCUUCAAUUAUAUAACCUCAGCCCGCCCACUACACUAGGUGCAAAUACGUAAACUAUUGUUUAAUUGCAGUAUAUUUAUCAAUGGAACUUAUUUAAGAGUUACUGAAGUUAAAGCUCUACCUAGUAUUUGAAUGACCAUUUUAAUUAAUUACCAAAUGAUUAGCAACCCUAAAUCGUCCUUUUGUUUUAUUUAUUUAUCCAAACUAAAUGGCUGUGGCUUUUGAAGAAAUAAAUACAAUUCGCACACAUUUUGACAAUUUUUUAUUUAGAAAAAAAAAAUUGUUCGUAAGGUAAAUCUAGCCCAGUCUAGUUCGAAAUUUUGGCUCUGCCCCUGAUUCCAGGAAUUGAAUAAUGCAACGGACAUCUCAGAAAUUUCAGGUUUAUGAUUUUGCAAUAUUGCAAGAGACAAAAACCAGAUAUGUAUAUCUGGAAGUCUCUUAAGUUGUUCAUGUUGUUUACACCAUAGGGUUCGUGUCUGUGCUUCAACUUGUGGAUAUGUGGUGAUUAUCUACAUGUAUUCUGAUGCUGCCCUGAAAUUUUAGUUAAACAGUCAUAAUCUGAUAUUAAAUUGGCACUACCAUCUGCAGCUGCCUGGGGAGCGCACUAGUUCAUUCAGCUGCUUCUUGUUAUUGCUUACAUUCUCAUUGCUUGGGAGCAGAUCUCCCUUAAUUAAACUGAACUGGGUAACCCUCUUCAAUGGAAUGGGUAAGUUUAUUUUCUUUUGAACAUUAAAUAAUGCAUCUUGCCAAAUAUGAAAUACUGUGAGGUCAGUUUUUGUCCAUACAUGUGACUUUUGAUUGCGAAUUUUAGUCCAUGCUAUGAGCUCCAUGUUAGUUCAUAUGUGAUGCUACUAAACUUUAAUUAAGCAAGCAUAGCAUGACCAAUAGAUUGCAAAUUAGAAAUGAAGUAGCGUGUCUCCAUACCUCCACUGCCAUAUGACCACCUGGCUAGGCUGACUUUGCCAUCCUAGUCCAAUAUAUUAAUUGGUCAAGUUAGAUCAGACUUUAACCAGGGUUGCAACUUGUUUAUUUAAAACCAUAGAUGUCUUUGUUCUUCAUAUACUGAUUUAUAUGGGGAUGGUUAAAACAAAGAAAUAUAUAGGUGUUAGAGAGAUUUCCUCUCCUAAUCAAAACUGAUUGUAUAACUGCACAUCAAUAGCAUUUGAUUUCUUGUAAUCAUAGCAUUCAAUAGUGUUUAUAGCAUUUGUAACAGCUUGUAAUCUUUACAUUGAAUACUGUUCUCUUGUAACAGUCAGUCAUAUGUUAGCUAUAUAUAUAUAUCUGUAAAUUGUAAUCCUACAGAAUCAAUGAAAACCAUUUUCUACAAUAGGUAGCAUCUUCUGUCUCAAGAUUCUUGAAUAGAUUUUAUAGAUUACAAGCUACCAGCUAUUGAAGUUUAUUGUUUUAAAAAAAAAAAUUUCUAUGGUUAGUUUGUAAGUUCAAAUUAGGUGUUUUAGUUUGUACUCACAGUUGAGAGGCCUAUGGAUUUCGUGUCUAAUUCAGAGCCAUCCACCUGUAGUCCAGUCUAGCAUCUCCCUGGGUGACAAUUGUUUCUGGUCUCGGUUCAAAUCCCUGAUUUUGUCCAAUUCCAUCAAAUUAGACCCAUGAGCAAGGGUAUAUACCACUUUCCUGUUAUAAAACAGUAAAAAACUUGAUCAGUUAACUUAGAAAUAAGAAAUUGCAUUCAAUGAAACUGUAAUACAAAGCUGUUAAAGAAUUUGACUGAAAAUAGAAGGAAUUAUAGACUUGGACUCAGAUUGGCGAAAAUUGUCACCCCAUUGAAAAAUUUUUGACCAGAGGACAAGAUUGUGAAUCACCCCACCGCAUGGAUUAUCCUGAUUUUCGCCCUAUGUUUUGUUCAUAUUAGGCUAGCAGUGUCCAACUAUCCAUUGAAGAUGGGGAAUGACAUUUGAUGUUGAUGGGCUUGUUGGAUGAUAAAUGGCAGGGAAAAAAAUAUGCCUUUCCAAGGUUCCCAAAAGCAUUCUACUUCAUCAGGCUCAGUGGGGCAACCUUAUUCUUUCCUUCCUCACACGAUUCUGCUUGCAGAAUUCAGAGAGCAUACUGUUGGACUGUUUUUGGUGGGCUCUCAUCUGCAUCAUAGUCCUUUAGAGCCUUCUUGAUCCUCUUAGUUAAUUUUGCACCAGCAAGGCAAGUUUUAAACUAUUUCCGCUUUCUCCAAGAAGUCCCCCAUCUCCUUGUCAUGAGAAAUGCAUAAAAUAUAUUAAUGGCAGAAGGCGAAUAAAAGGAAAUCUGUUCUCGAUCUGGAGAUUGUGACCAUAAACCUUUUUCUUGCUGCCGCACAUCACUUUGAAUCAACAAACUCAGGCUGCAUAUCAUACGAAAAUCGGGAUGUGGUGUUCCACACCCCUCUAGGAAUCAAUGCCACAUUCUCAUAGUACAAAAUAUUGUCAUGUCGCUGCCUCUUAAAGACUCGCGUGGAUAUGGCAAAGAUAAAUUCAAGUCCCAACUUCCUUUUCCAUUUCAAUAUAGGAAUUUCACAAAGUUUGCCUGUUCUUCUUGUCAUGAUAAAUCAUUGCGUAGAUGAGGCUUCUCGUCGAGGAGGAGAUGAGCAACUUCUGCCUUUGGAAACUUAGCAUUUGAUAUGAAAUUAGUCAUUCAACAAGUGACUAGCCAAUAUCGCAUCAAUUUAUUACAGUUGAAGCCUCCUAUUCGGUUUAACCCCAUUUUUACCGAGGACAUAAGUUUUUCUGCUCCUCAGAUGGGCAGAUGUAUGAUUGAUGAUGAUUUCUUCAUCAUCAGAGCUAUCAAGAUCUAAAAAACUAUCCAGAACUCUCCCCUUAGAAUCUGAAGAAAAGGGAUCAGAGUCAAUUUGUUGCUGUUCUGGAAGAGAGCACUGCCAUGUUGCUGGUUUGGAAGAGAGCACUGUCAUGUCAAUGACAUGUCUUUUACAAAGUUCCCCAGCAAAAUAAUUUGACAAGCUUAAACGAGUUGUAGCCAUUGUAAUGGGAAUCAGAAUGUGUUUGGAUGUGUAUAGAUGCAGAUUCAAAAAUUUUGGAUUUGAUAAUAUUCAUUUAUCAUUUUAUUGAUUUCUUUGUGAAACAUGCAGAUUCCUACCUAUGAUAUGAAUGCUGCACUGAGACACUUUAGAAAGUUACAAGAACCAUAUAUACGCAACCUGGAUGUUUUAAGUUUAGAUUUUGUUGGUUGCUUCUGCAUGACAUAUCUGGUUUUGGUCCUUCCCUUCUUGAUUAGGCCUCUACUCUUGGACUAUGGUGACUUGAUACUUUCUUUUUGGUUUUUGUUUUAGCAACUCGCUCUCACAUAAUGAACUUGUUCUUAUGAAAACUAAAAAUUAGGUUUUGUGGAAUACACGUGCGAAAGAAGAAAACUCCUCCCAUUGCUCACCCAAGUAUCCGUUACCACUGCCUUGGUGUCUGUUGUAACUUUCUGAUCUUUCUUUUGCUGCUCUGGUGACGGUGAGCUCACCGGUCUUUGCCUUCGGCGAAGACAAUUCAUCCUUCUUGUUUUUUUUUUUUCAAAAGAAAUCACACAGAUGAUGUACUUCGUGAUAAGUUGUAGGCAGUUCAUGUAACUACUACUGAAUUUGAAUCUUCAAUUUCUGAAUUUGCUUGUUAAAUCUAAUAGCUAUGCUACUGGGCUAAAUCUUGUUUGCCAGUAUGGUAGUGCAGCAAUAGAAGACUUUGUACAGCAAUAGAAGACUUUGAGAUUGCAAAUUGGCGCCCACCAUUGCUUCUCUUAUCGAGUCAACAACAAACUCAACUUGGAAUGGCACUGUGCAGUCAUAGUGAAACUUAUGGGUAAGCCAAACACUUCAAAUGCUUAAUUCAUGCUUGAUGGUCUUCAACAUAACUGGAAACUAGAGGGCCCUUGACAAGUAAUAUACCGAAUGAUUAUUUUGUUGUGAAAUAUAAAGUUGAUGAGUACAUGAACACUGCCCUGUGUAGAGGAUCAUGGAUUAUUGCAGAACAAACCCUUUUGAUUCGACAAUGGAGGUCGGAUUUUGGUCCAUUUAAUGACAAAAUCAACAGAAUGGUUGUUUGGGAAUUUUGGGUUAUAACCUGUUACAUUAUUCAAGAAUAUACUGUCAAUAAGAUUGGUUCA